UCCUUCUUCUAUCAAAACAAAGAAAGACACGAAAGAUGGAGAUCUCAAAGACUCUUUUGCUAGUGACUGCUCUGGUGGCUGCAACUUGUUUCUUGCAAGCCAAGGCAGCUGGAGUUUAUUGUAGCAACCCUUACACUCGAUGUUACCGCAAGUACAUCAAUUGUCCAGAGGAAUGUCCAAGCACAACUGCCAUGAACUCCAAGAACAAAGUUUGCUACGCCGAUUGCGAUAGACCUACCUGCAAAUCCCAAUGCCGCAUGAGGAAACCAAAUUGCAACAGACCUGGAUCAGCUUGUUAUGACCCGAGGUUCAUUGGAGGAGACGGCAUUGUCUUCUACUUCCAUGGAAAGAGCAAUGAAGAGUUUAGCCUCGUCUCUGACUCUGACCUUCAGAUCAAUGGUAGGUUCAUUGGUCACAGACCCGCUGGUCGUGCCAGAGACUUCACAUGGAUCCAAGCCCUCGGAUUCCUCUUCAACUCCCAAAAAUUCUCCCUGGAAGCCGCCAAAACCGCCUCAUGGGACAACGAAGUCGACCAUCUCAAAUUCUCUUUUGAUGGCCAAGAUCUCUCUGUCCCAGAGGAAACUCUCUCCACCUGGUACUCACCAAACAAGGACAUCAAGAUCGAGAGAGUGAGCAUGAGAAACAGCGUGAUUGUGACAAUCAAGGACAAAGCUGAGAUCAUGAUCAAUGUGGUUCCAGUGACAAAAGAAGACGACAGAAUCCACAGCUACAAAGUACCAUCAGAUGACUGUUUUGCACAUCUUGAGGUUCAGUUCAGAUUCUUUAACCUUUCCCCUAAGGUAGAUGGAAUCUUGGGAAGAACCUACAAGCCCGAUUUCCAGAACCCCGCUAAGGCUGGAGUCGCGAUGCCAGUCGUUGGUGGUGAAGACAGCUUCAAGACUUCUUCUCUACUAUCCAAUGACUGUAAGACUUGCAUCUUUUCUGAUACACAAGCUGAGAUUGAUUCAGUUAAGUCAGAGAUUGAGUAUGCAACUUUGGAUUGUACCCGUGGAGCUUCUUCUGGAUACGGUAUCGUGUGCAGGAAGUAAAAGAAAGAUCAUACAAACAUGACUUAAAAGAAGAAUAAUGCCAGAGAGCAGUAGCUUCUACUGGAGAUUUUCCAAAGUAUAAUUUAUAAGUGAAGGAAAAAUAUGUAACUUGCAAUGUAUUUGUAUUGUAUCAUCAUCCACCUUGUAAUCUAAUGUUGUAUUAUUAACCUAUUCAUUGUUAUAUAAUACCAAUAAACAUUGCUUAAUCUACAAA